CACACACACACAAUAGCAGAACGGGUUUGUCUGCUGAAGCUGGCUUAGGUAUAAGGUUCGGUUACACCUGCUGCUGCCCCGUUAGUUCAGAGGAGCCCAGGGUCGUUCGCUGAAGAAACAGGGAGAGAUGGCUGCUACCACAGCUCAGUCCAUGGGGAUGCUGCCCAGUGGAAUGGAGAUAUGCACCACAGCCCCAGAUAUAUUUUAUCUGCCGGAACUGGUGUUUGGAGGUUUGGUGUGGAUCCUGGUGGCAUCAACCCACAUCAGCCCCGUUAACCCUUUGGGGUGGGUGAUGUUUGUCUCGGUCUUCUGCUUCGUCAUGACCUUCCUGUGGAUGGUCAUGUUUGCUGCUGGCUGCCACAAGAGCAGCCCCGGCUGGGCCGCUGCUGACUUUGUCUACCAUGGCCUGGCAGUGAUUUUCUACCUCAGUGCGGGAGUGGAGUUGGCUUACAUUACUUUGCUGAGAAAAUCAGUUCUGCCAGUUGGUUUUCAACUCUACCAGAUUGAUAUUGCAGCAGUGGUGUUUGCCUUUGCGACCACACUCCUCUACUUCAUCCACGCCAUCCUCUCCGCCAUCCGAUGGAAACACUUCUGAGGAGAACCGGGAAGAAGUGAUGCAAGAAGUACAGAGCGUCAUUGCCAUCACCGUCUGCGCACACCAAAGAAAUUUACAUUUUGACAUAAAGGAUGUGCACGAAAAGGCAACACAAACAACCCAAGUC